AAUCCAUCUUUCCACUCCCUCCAUCCCGCCUCACAAUCUCUCUCUCCUCUGUCUUCCUCCUCUUGUUUCGCUUUGCCAUGGCAUCAAACACCAUGGCAGGCUUCUACACAGGUUCCCAUGGCCGCAGCGAACUCCACUCUUCCCACGGCGCCGACGAGCCCCGGACACCGACUCAUCAUGGCCAGUCGGCUGUCGUGAAGGCAUGCCGGGUUUGCGGUGACGAGAUCGGAUUCAAGGAGAACGGCGAGCUGUUUGUGGCCUGUCAUGUUUGUGGGUUUCCGGUUUGCCGGCCUUGCUACGAGUACGAAAGAAGUGAAGGAAGCCAAUGUUGUCCCCAGUGCAACACUCGCUACAAGCGUCACAAGGGUUGCCCUAGAGUUUCCGGGGAUGACGAAGAAGGUGAUGACCACGAUGACUUUGAUGAUGAAUUCCAGAUCAAGCAUCAAGAGCAUCCCCCAGAUUGGCACCAUGCUGCUAAUCACUCGGAAAAUGGGGAUUACAGUCACCAGAAAUGGCAUAACAAUUUCCCCGGAUCGACGGCAGGAAGUGUUGCCGGGAAGGAGUUGGAGGGCGAGCAGAAGGAGAGCCACACGAAUGCUGAAUGGAAAGAGAGAGUGGAGAAGUGGAAAACCAGGCAAGAGAAGAGGGGCCUGGUCACCAAAGACGACGGCGGGAAUGAUCCACCCGAAGAAGACGAAUACCUUUUGGCGGAGGCUCGGCAGCCGCUCUGGCGAAAGGUUCCGAUCUCGUCGAGCCUAAUCAGCCCGUACCGGAUAGUCAUCGUUCUCCGGCUCGUCAUCCUCGCCUUCUUCUUCCAUUUCCGGAUCUUAACUCCGGCUUACGAUGCCUUCCCUCUCUGGCUCAUCUCCGUCAUCUGCGAGAUCUGGUUCGGCUUCUCAUGGAUUCUCGACCAGUUCCCCAAAUGGGCCCCCAUCAACCGCGAAACCUACCUCGACCGCCUCACUCUCCGCUUCGAACGCGACGGCGAGCCCAACCGGCUUUCUCCCGUCGACGUCUUUGUCAGCACAGUCGAUCCUCUGAAGGAGCCGCCGAUCAUCACCGCAAACACGGUUCUCUCCAUCCUGUCCGCGGAUUAUCCGGUCGAGAAGGUGAGCUGCUACGUCUCCGACGACGGCGCUUCGAUGCUGCUGUUCGAUUCGCUAUCGGAGACCGCUGAGUUCGCGAGGCGGUGGGUGCCGUUCUGCAAGAAGUACGGGAUUGAGCCUAGGGCUCCGGAAUUCUAUUUCUCGGAGAAGAUCGAUUACUUGAAGGAUAAGGUGCAGCCCACCUUUGUGAAGGAUCGAAGAGCCAUGAAAAGAGAGUACGAAGAGUUCAAAGUGAGGAUUAACGCAUUAGUUGCGAAGGCUCUGAAGAAACCAGAAGAAGGAUGGGUGAUGCAAGAUGGGACUCCAUGGCCUGGAAACAACACCCGUGAUCACCCUGGAAUGAUUCAGGUUUACCUAGGAAGUGAAGGGGCACUUGAUGUGGAAGGCAAGGAAUUACCAAAGCUUGUGUACGUUUCUCGAGAAAAGCGGCCCGGCUAUCAGCACCACAAGAAAGCCGGUGCCAUGAACGCUUUGGUUCGAGUGUCAGCGGUUCUUACCAAUGCACCCUUCAUGUUGAACCUGGAUUGUGAUCACUACAUCAACAACAGCAAGGCUAUGAGAGAAGCCAUGUGCUUUCUGAUGGAUCCCCAGCUUGGAAAGAAGCUCUGCUAUGUCCAGUUCCCACAGAGGUUCGAUGGCAUUGAUCUUCACGACAGAUAUGCUAAUCGCAAUGUUGUGUUUUUUGACAUCAACAUGAGAGGCCUGGAUGGGAUCCAAGGACCGGUGUAUGUUGGCACGGGAACUGUUUUCAACCGGCCGGCAUUAUACGGUUAUGAUCCGCCAGUGUCAGAGAAGCGCCAAAAGAUGACGUGUGACUGCUGGCCUUCAUGGUGCUGUUGUUGCUGUGGUGGUUCAAGGAAGUCCAAGUCAAAGAAGAAAAGCCUGAAAGGGCUGCUUGGACUUGGAGGCCUGUACAGCAAGAACAAGAAGAAAAUGAUGGGCAAGAACUACUCCAGGAAGUCAUCGGGACCCGUAUUUGAUCUUGAAGAGAUUGAGGAAGGGCUUGAAGGUUACGAAGAGUUAGAAAAAUCGUCACUCAUGUCUCAGAAGAACUUUGAAAAAAGGUUUGGGCAGUCGCCAGUUUUCAUUGCCUCGACUCUGAUGGAAGACGGUGGCCUUCCCGAAGGGACUAACAGUACUUCACUCAUCAAAGAAGCUAUUCAUGUCAUUAGCUGUGGCUAUGAAGAAAAAACUGAAUGGGGCAAAGAGAUUGGAUGGAUAUACGGAUCAGUCACAGAGGAUAUUUUAACAGGAUUUAAGAUGCACUGCAGAGGGUGGAAAUCAGUAUACUGCAUGCCAAAGAGACCAGCUUUCAAGGGAUCAGCUCCAAUCAAUCUGUCAGAUCGGUUGCACCAAGUUCUGCGAUGGGCUCUUGGUUCUGUUGAGAUUUUCCUUAGCCGUCACUGCCCACUUUGGUAUGCUUAUGGGGGCAAGUUAAAAUGGCUUGAGAGGCUUGCUUACAUUAACACCAUUGUCUACCCUUUCACUUCCAUUCCUUUACUUGCAUACUGCACAAUCCCUGCUGUCUGCCUUCUAACCGGGAAAUUCAUCAUCCCCACCCUGACCAACCUAGCUAGCGUAUGGUUCUUGGCUCUUUUCCUCUCCAUCAUAGUAACAGGUGUGCUUGAGCUUAGGUGGAGUGGAGUUAGCAUUGAGGACUGGUGGAGAAACGAACAAUUCUGGGUUAUUGGUGGUGUCUCAGCACAUCUUUUUGCUGUCUUCCAAGGUCUCCUCAAGGUCCUUGCUGGAGUUGACACCAACUUCACAGUGACAUCAAAAGCAGCCGAUGAUGCAGAGUUUGGAGAACUCUAUCUAUUCAAGUGGACCACCCUGCUCAUCCCCCCAACCACCCUAAUAAUCUUGAACAUGGUUGGUGUUGUAGCUGGAAUAUCUGAUGCCAUCAACAAUGGAUAUGGCUCUUGGGGCCCUUUGUUUGGGAAGCUGUUCUUCGCCUUUUGGGUCAUUGUCCAUCUCUAUCCUUUCCUCAAGGGCCUGAUGGGAAGGCAGAACAGGACUCCUACAAUUGUUGUGCUUUGGUCAAUACUUCUAGCUUCAAUCUUCUCAUUGGUUUGGGUUCGGAUUGAUCCUUUCUUGCCUAAGCAAACAGGUCCAAUCCUUAAACAAUGUGGGGUAGAUUGCUAGUCAUCCUCUUGGGGUCCAUAACUCUCAACUUCACAGAAUCACAGUUCUCUUUUCAACUUCUAUCACUUCUAUUUGGUUGUUUCUAUAAUUCCUAUGGGGCUUUAAAAGUGAUUAUGUGUAGGGCAGUACAAGAUUUUGCUACAUGUUAGCAGUGAGCGAAAUGGAAGCUGUUUGCAGUUUAUACAUUUGACAAAUACAAGAAAUGUAAUAUGGUUUGUUCUUUUUGCCCAUUA